AUUCUUCGAAUUUUUCCCAAUCGAUCUGCCUUUAUAAAGAGGUUACUCUCUGGAACCAUUGCUAUCCAAGAAAAGCUUUUCAGAUUUGCGUAUAUCGACAAAAAUUUUCCGACCUUGCUGGGAAAGUGCGGCGGCGAUUUUACGCUCUUUUGUUUUGCGUAGUUUACUUGUUUCAAGGAUUUUAAGAGUUUUGUACUCGGAAGAAUGGCUGAGGAAGCGCAUAAGGUUACGUUGAAUGUCUAUGAUCUAAGCCAAGGCUUGGCACGCCAGCUCUCCCAAUCACUCUUGGGAAAAGUUAUCGAAGGUGUAUGGCACACAGGAAUUGUUGUUUAUGGGAGCGAGUACUUUUUUGGAGGAGGAAUUCAGCAUUUGCCAGUUGGAAGGACUCCAUAUGGAGUACCAAUUCGAACGAUAGAGUUGGGUUUAUCACAUGUUCCUAAAGAUGUUUUCGAGAUGUAUUUGGAAGAAAUCAGUCCUCGUUACACUGCUGAAUCCUACAAUUUACUUACUCACAACUGCAACAACUUCAGCAACGAGGUCUCUCAGUUUUUGGUGGGUAAAGGUAUUCCGGACUACAUUCUUCAGCUUCCCAAUGAUGUUCUAAACAGCCCCAUGGGUGGUCUUAUAAUGCCUAUGCUACAAGGCCUCGAAACAACUCUAAAAGCUGGUGCGGUUCCUCAAGUUCCACAGUUUAAGCCACAGCCACAGACACAGCCACAACCUUUUGGAGCUUUUAGUAAAGAUGCCGGUCCAAGAAUUGAGUCUUUGAAGCGUGAGGAAGCAAAUACCUCUGCUGCAACUGUAAAAGUGCCACCUGUUGUUCCACCGUCAGCUAGUGAAGAGAAGGUGAAGGAGGACCCCUUGGGUGAUGCUAGGACCAAGAUUCAAGAAGAGAUUACUCGUGAGUUUGCAGCUCUGAUGGCACAAGGCACAUUACGUGCAAGUGAAGCAGCUGCUAUGGCGACAAAGAGAGUUAUGCAAAAAUAUGGACAUCUCAAUGUAUCUGCUUAGUCCUAUAACAACAACGCAGAGGAAACAUUUUCUUUUUACUGUAUUGAAAUUGAGUCCAGAAUCAUGAACGAUUUUAUUACUAUUUUCCCAAGCUAUUUUCGUA